AGUAGCACUUUUGGUGAUGACAUCAUCAAGGCCAACCAAUGCCACUAUGUUAGCCACACGAGACGUCCUUGUUCUUGCUCAUACAAAUAACCGUACAAUUGACGACGCUCCUGACAUACACAUCUUCCUCACCCACCCUCAACAAGAUGUACCGGAGGCUUACGAGAACUUUCAGAAGAUAAUUGAGGACACUAUUGACAUCCUUCGCGAUUCUAGGUGUCCUUUGAGAAGGGAACGGUUGCAUUUUCUUCUGGGAUCGAAUGCUGCGCAUUCACUCUUAGUACUUUCUCAAAGUAUUACGCAGAGUGUGGACGAGGAGAUGAUGAUUAAGAGGCUC